AUGGAGACGAACGAUCCGUCGGGCAGGUUAACGGCGGAAGACUUAUCGGAUUGUAUAAGCGACAGUAGCCAUUCAGAAUCGCAAUUAAGAGCGUUUCAAAGUUAUGAACGUAUCAAAGAACUGAAUCUGUCUAUUGAUAAAACUAAAGAAGAUGCAUCAACGGAACCAAAGGAUUUUCAUCUUAGUCUCGAAGGCGGUGGCAGAACAUCCCUUCGAUUCGAUGAAUUUUCAUGCGAAAAUUCAACGAGAAAUCUGACUAUGACGUUGAAUAAAAACAAGGAUUUUGGUUAUUCUGCCAAUAACUUGAGUGAAAUCAAUUAUCCGUUGGACAGAUUGAACGAAAACGAGGAAUCGUCAGAUACUACGACGGCGCUUUGCAGAUCCAAAAAUUCCAGCGCCAAGAACGUGUUGUUUAAUUUACGCGAAACCAAGCAAAGGAGUCCUCAUGCGUCGUUAUCCUCCUUAGACAGAUAUAGCAAGGAUCUCAAUUUUGUAGUGGAAAAGGAAAUGAAAGAUUUUGGUUUGCUCAAGAAUUACAGUCUCGAUCGCAUGAAGGAGUUUAAUUUUUCCUUGGAUAGAAUGAGAGAUAGCCACAUUAGCAGUCUGGCCCUCGAAAGGCUGCGCGGCGGCGCUGGUUUGCUAGAGAAUAAUCCGGGCAUGCUAGAACAUAAGGAAUUCAGGAAUCUGCAAGUACAACCAAGGAACCCCGAUCUCGAAACCAUAGCAUUGGAGCGCAUGAGACGCUCGCAUCUCCUAGGCACGGAAUUAUCCGCGCAAAGCCUGUCGACGCAAGUGCCGCAUCCGCAUUCAAUCACGCAUAUGCAGCACUCUCAACAGCAGCAGCAGCAACAAGCAAAGUCCUUUACUAUUGAUGCUAUCUUGGGCCUGAGGAACAAUCAGCGGGAGAAGCGAAGUCAACAACAACAGUACAGAAAACAUCAGGGCCAAGAAGGCACAACAAAAAACAGCAGUUCGAGUUCUGGUUCUAGUGGGGGAGGAAAAGUAAAGAGGGUGCGAACGAUUUUCACGGCAGAACAAUUAGAGCGUCUGGAAGGGGAGUUCGCACGUCAGCAAUAUAUGGUGGGCCCUGAAAGAUUGUACCUGGCUCACGCACUUCGACUGACCGAGGCCCAAGUUAAAGUUUGGUUUCAGAAUCGCCGUAUCAAGUGGCGAAAGUUGCACCACGAACAACAGAGCCAGAGAGUACAUGAAUUUCAACGCACUUUGAACACCUCUUUAGAACACGAGGAUAGCAACGAGACUGACAAAUGGUGAAACAGGAAUUUAUCAUCUACGCGUUUCUUUAUCGUGUCACACUUUGUUUCUUUUUUCUUAACUACGCAAUCGUUCCAUCUCUUUUAUUUCAUCGUAUUAGGAAACCGAGAGAUCACUCUACACUGAUUUAGAGACCGAGACUUUGAACGUGUACUUGUCAAUCUUCUUGAAGAAAUACUGUUUUUGAUAACUUCCUGCCAAGUGUCUACAUUGUGUCAUUCUUUCUUCAUUCUUAUACUUGCCAAUCCUUGAUAUCAUACUGCAAAACUUCGAACAGACUUCUUUGAAGCAAUUGUAUGAAUUACGAAACGUGACAAAGAUUUGUGUACGGCAAAAUCUUGAUAGUGCCAAAGUAAGCUUCCUAUAUUCGUUUUUUCCAUAUCUUUUAACUUAAAAUUUUCAAGUUAAAUUGAU